GAAUUAUGUCCUUUGAAGCUGGCAAUAUAUUCUAUGAAUGACACAUUUUUCUCGGUCGUAUCUACGAGAAAAUAAAUUUCAAUAAUGGUGGACCGUUUAGUGAACAGUGAGGCCAAUGCUCGAAGGAUUGCUAUGGUUGAGAGCUGCUUCGGCAGUUCUGGACAGCCUCUGGCAGAACAAGGCAGGGUCCUUGUGGGAGAGGGUGUCCUGACAAAAAUGUGCCGCAAAAAACCAAAAGCCAGACAGUUCUUUUUGUUCAACGACAUACUUGUUUAUGGGAAUAUAGUUAUAAACAAGAAGAAAUAUAACAAACAACAUGUUAUACCUCUUGAGGAGGUCAAGCUGGAGUCACUGAAGGAUGAUGGACAACUUCGCAACGGUUGGUUAAUCCGCACCGCGUCAAAAUCCUUCGCUGUAUACGCCGCGACAGCCACCGAGAAAGAAGAAUGGAUGGCCCACAUAGAAAAAUGUAUAGAAGAUUUGCUAAGAAAAAGUGGCAAGCAGCCUCCGUCGGAGCAUGCAGCUGUAUGGGUGCCCGAUAAUGAGGCUUCUAUCUGCAUGCACUGCAAGAAGACACAGUUCACUGUACUCAACAGGAGGCACCACUGCCGUAAGUGUGGGUCGGUGGUGUGUGGGCCGUGCUCGUCGAAGCGGUACAUCCUGCGCGGCCAGAGCGACAAGCCGCUGCGGGUGUGCCUCCAGUGCUACGACGAACUCAACCGGGAGCGAGCCCGCCCCCCCACGCAACCACAACCCGCUAAUAUCACGCCCGUAAAAGACACGGCUGGCUCUGGUGGAGAUUCUUCAGCUGAUGAGGACAGUGAUGACGAUGAUGACCGCGUCACUGCCGAGGAGAAACAUGAUGAGCCAAAGUUCUACGGUGACAGUGAUAAGACUGAAGAGACCAACAAUCAUUCGUCCAAGGAUUCCGCUAAGUGAAAAUCUUGUUCAAGAGACCAUUCUCCGUCACAGGUUUAACCUAAACAAUAAUAUCAAAUAAUAACAAGCAAUUUUAUAAUAUAAAUACUUCAUCUAUCGAAACAGAAACCCCCCGCAAUACAAAAAUAAACUCUAUUUCUAAGGUUUUACGGCUCAAUGUAGGUCCUAAUCUAUAAAACUCCCUACGUCUAAUUCAAAAGACUGUACUUUGUACAUUCGGUUUCUUACUAACGUCCUUCAAAUCACUUUGAACGGGAUCAAUUUAUUAGACUUGUGAGUACUGUACCUGUGAUCUAUAUAGAAUUUCUUCCCAAGUUUAAUCAGGCAGACUAAUAAACUUACUUCAUAAAGUAGGUUAAUGUUAAAAAAGGUAAAAACCCAGUUGCCUUAUUGCCACUAGGGAUUAAACACUACCGAUUAUUUCAAUAAACUUUUUCCAUGAAAACAGUAUUAAACUGUGUAAAAUAAAUAUUAAAAUUAGAAUUCGUAAAUAGUGUAAAAAUUCGCAAAACAAUCGUGUGGCGCGAUGUUAAUCCAAUAUUUGUUUGGACGGUCUCCGAUUUUACCACAAUGGCCUUUGAAUUUUUUACCUUAGGAAGAAUUUGCUAGAAAAAAUCCUGUAUCAUGGAUUCUUUAGAGGAAUGUUAACUUUUAUACAGCAUACCUGACUGUGGUCAAUGAUUUUAAGAACGAAUAUAAUUACUAGAUGUUUCGCUGGACUUGAACAGCUUUAAACCGCUCAAAAGUGAACUGAGGUGGAGUUUUUUUGUUUAGCAUAAAAUCAUAUUUAUUAUUUGAUAGUAAGAUAUCAUGGUUAUAAGACGUUUUUAACAAUAUUUAGGCUUAGUCAUGUUAUGUCAACAUAUUAAUAUUUACAUACGUUAUGUUAAGGUUAUUUUAUUGUAAACUUUAUUACGGUCAUAUUACGUUUGCUUUUUCAUUGUAGCUAUUUCUGUGUAGUGAAGAAAGCAAGUUGGAAUGAGUUUCUAUGAGUUCUUAAAGAGCUCUGGUGCUUGUUUUUUUAAUCUCUUUAGAGGUUAUGUCAAUUUAUUAACGUUUUGAUAACUACAUUCUCUCCUGAGAUGAAUAUAAAAAACAACUUUCUCGCAGUAUUUUAAAUCAAGACUCCAUGCCAAUUUUUCAAUACUGUAUCCCUUAUGGAACCUAAAAAACAUUACACUCAAUGUUUUAGAAAUUGUG